GCAGCCUUCACCAACUACUUAGUAUCUUCUUCGCAUCCGGCCACAUCGAAGGCAAAUUCAGAAAACCUACCCUACGAAAAGCUUCUCGCGUAACGUCGAUCACAUUCACUCAUUCAAAGCAAUCGUUUAAUCAGAAGAAUUCGACCAGCGAGGCACAAUGGGCUCCGUCGUCCUCCCUCACCUUCGCACAGGAUGGCAUGUGGACCAGGCGAUUCUAAGCGAGGAAGACAGGCUCGUAGUCAUCCGCUUUGGCCGAGAUGCCGACCCCGACUGUAUGCGCAUGGACGAGGUUCUCUACAAGAUAGCCGAUCGUGUCAAGAACUUUGCCGUGCUAUACGUCUGCGACCUCGACGAAGUCCCGGACUUCAAGGCCAUGUACGAGUUGUAUGAUCCUUGCACAGUCAUGUUCUUCUUCCGGAAUAAGCAUAUGAUGUGCGAUUUCGGAACCGGCAACAACAACAAGUUGAACUGGGUACUGGAAGACAAGCAAGAGCUUAUCGAUAUCAUCGAGACAAUUUACCGCGGUGCCAAGAAGGGGAGAGGUCUGGUCGUCAGCCCAAAGGAUUACUCCACUCGAUACAGGUAUUAGGACAGACGAUUGUGCGGAAUGCGGCCUGAGGAUGGGUUUUUGACGACCGUAAUGAUCGAUGAAUACAUUUCUUUAGACUUAUCAUUCAUGGGUUUCUGGUUUGUUUCCAACAGGUAAAUAUAAAAGUAACGAAUUACAGAACGAGUGCAGAGGACUCGUCCACUCUACACGCCUAAGUAACGGACACAAAAUGUUUCCCCCUUAGGUGUAUUUAAUUCGCAUUCGAUAUUGUAC